AUGCCUCCAUCCCACCAGCCGUCACCGACAAUCCUCCUCCCCCAGCUCCCCCCAAAGACCCUAGUCGGUAUUGACCUCGUCGCAUUCUCCUCCACCGCAAAUUUCCACGGAAUAAGAGACCUACCGAGAGGCUGGCACUUUCUGUACACCGGUACAACAGAGAGCUUUUCGCUCCGAUGUGGUGCAUGGUUCUACGUGGGUGAUAUCAGCUGCGCGGGGAAAGGCGACAACGAGACUGCGCUCGUGGUAGCGCAAGGGCCGCAAGCACUUGCUCCGGAGAUCUAUAUUUGGAAAUGGGACACGCAGACAGAGUCACUGUCUUCGUUGACGGGUGACAAUGACGCGGAUCGUCAGGAGGUUAUGCGCUACAAGGCAAACCUGGGCGCGCUCUGGCAGAGCGGGGGACUGUUCCGGUUUCGAAGUCGGGUAUCCCCAGCUAUGUUGUCGAAUAAGCCCGGGUCAGCGCCGGCUGAGGCCCGUCAAGCUGAAGAAAAUGAGGAAACUGAGGAGGAUGGGCGCAGAGAUUGGCGACAGCUUACGGAUCGGCUAUCACCUGAGCUUAUGUCACGCAUUAUUGGCGAUCCGGAGGUGGAUAUCGAUGGCCAUCCGCGGUGGAUGGUUACUUCUGCCAGCACGGCCAAUCGCGAUGCUGAUCAUAUCCCCGGAGUUGACUCGCCGGCCGUGGAAGAAGAGCCAAAUUCAGGGAAGAUUUUGGAGCAAGAAAAAGAGUUCGGCUUCCUUCCUAUAGAUCUGAAGCGAACGUGGCGAGAAGGCGCUAUCGGACGUGAAAGGACAGAAGCUGCUCAGGAUAAGUCUUGGGCUUUGGGUGAUUUGGUAUUCAAGUACUCCAGUCGUGUACCGGGGGAGGUCACCGUCGAUGAGCGAACUGGUGAAGCACAGUUGCUCGGAGAGCUCCAAUUCACAUUCCUCAUGGUAUUGACCAUGAUGAACUUCUCCUGUCUUCAGCAAUGGAAAAGACUGCUCGAGCUGAUCUUGACAUGUCGGCGAGCAAUCAUGGAUAGAGAAGCGUUUAUGAGUGAGGUGCUUCGCUUGCUGCUACGACAACUUGAAAGAUGCGACGAUGUCGAGGGCGGACUCUUCGAGAUCGAUGGUGAUGAAGGAGGGGAAUUCUUGCGCAAUCUGCUCACGAAGAUUAGACAAUCGGUUGACGAAGUCAUUCCUCAGGGAACUGAGUCAAUGGUCAAGACGGAGCUUGACAAAUUGGAAGUAUGGGUUAAAGAGGAGUAUGAUUGGGAGCUGAAGCGCGACUCCAUUGUGAGAAGGGGAAUGCUACAACUGGAAGAUGGCGAGGAAAUUGAGAUGGAAAUGGCCGAUAAUGACGCAGAUGAGGAAACGGGUGAAUAUGCUCCCAUGAUAGUUGAUUUGGAGGAACAUGAUAAUGUUUCAGUGGCGGAACUGGAAGAAGAGGAUGAGGCCUCGGACCUCGAAGAUACGAGGUAUUGA